GCGGGAGGACAGAGCAACACGGAGGAGAGGGGAUCCUGACGUGGACGUGGAGACUGUAAAAUAAGAGGGUACACUCUUUAUACCUGCACUACACCACUGCUCUGCACCUCCUUGUCCCCAGCAAUCACCUAGGAGGGUCUGCACCUCUGAGAUCAUCCAUGGGACAGUGCUGCAUGCUGACAGUAUUCUGCAUAAAGCAAAGACAGCCUUAAGAUUACUCUUUCAAAAUCCAUGUGAUAGUGAACCGUUUCUUUGUCCAUUAUCACCACUGUUGCCUUAGAAGUGGCGAACUUCUUUGUGUAAACGCAGCAUAAAUGGCUUCCAGACCAGAGGAGGAUCUCUGCUGUCCCGUCUGUCAGGACAUCUUCAGAGAUCCUGUCGUUCUGACGUGCAGCCACAGCUUCUGUAAAAACUGUUUGCAGACCUGGUGGAGACAGAGACCAACACAAGAUUGCCCAGUUUGUAAGACCAUAUCCUCCAACAAAAACCCACCAGUCAGCCUGGUGUUAAAGAACCUGUGUGAGGCCUUCUUACUGGAGAGAGAUCAGAGAGGUGCAGAGGAGCUCUGCCCUCUGCACGCUGAGAAACUCAAACUCUUCUGUCUGGACCACCAGGAGCUGGUGUGUCUCGUCUGCAGAGAUUCAGAAGAACACACCAACCACAAAUUCAGACCAACAAAUGAAGCUGCACGUGAACCCAGACGGAAACUUCAGGAAACUCUGGCGUCCUUAAAGGAGAAGUUAGAGAGUCUAGAUGAAAGUAGGGUCACGUGUAGUACAACAGAAUUAAGGAUUAUGAUCCAGGCCCGGCGCACAGAGAGGCAGGUUAUGAGGCAGUUUGAGAAGCUUCGCCAGUUUCUGCAGGAGGAAGAGGAGGCCAGGCUGCGUGCACUGAGGGAGGAGGAGGAGCAGAAGAGUCAGAGGAUGAAGGAGCAGAUAAGGGCUAUGAGAAGAGAGAUAUGUGCUCUCACAGACACCAUCAGAUUUGCGCAGGACAAGCUGAAAGCCGAUGACCUCUCAUUCCUGAAAAACUACAAGGCCACAGUGGAGAGAGUGGAGCAGCGCCCCCUGCUGGAAGAUCCACAGCUGCCCACUGAUGCUCUGAUUGACCAAGCCAAACAUCUGGGUAACCUGAGCUUCAACAUCUGGAACAAGAUGAAGGACCUGGUCUCCUACACACCCAUCAUUCUUGACCCGAUGACGGCGUAUCCAGAACUGGUCCUAUCAGAUGAUCUGACCAGUAUAACAGGAAGACGGGGACAGCCUUCUAAUCCCUCAGAGAAGGGGGUUGAUUUUUGGCCUGCCGUCGGCUAUGAGGGCUUUCACUCGGGGACUCACAGCUGGGACGUAGAGGUUGGAGACAGCACUCGUUGGUUUUUGGGUGUGAUGGCUGAAAAUUCAAGGAAGGAAAAAAAGAGUGGAUUAUGGGGAGUGGUGUUUUUAAAAGGUAGAUAUAUAUCACGCUCACCACUGACUUCGUCCACUUUUAUAUCGAUCCAAAAGCAGCCAAAAAGGGUCAGAGUGACUCUGGACAGCAACCAGGGAACGCUGAUGUUCUCUGAUGUAGAUAUGAACACACACAUCCACACCUUCACGCAUACUUUCACUGACAGGAUGUUUCCAUUUAUGGCUACAGGACAGAGACUAAAGAUACUCCCAAUGGAGAUCUGUGUGACCCAACAGCAGGUCUGAGAGAGGCUGGAGAGGAAGUAAGGGUUGAUGUACAGAGAAGAAAACAUUUACACAAUUUCUAUGUAUAGGCCUGAGCAGUUUGGCCUCAGUAUGAUAUUAUAGUAUUAUUCUUGCUCUGUAUGGUAACAGUAUUAUUUCAUAGUAUUACAACAUUAAAAAGAGAUAUUGCGUUUAAAUGCAUAGUCAGGUGUUAAAACCCUCCUUUUUUAACCCUAAAGCAACUCUGAUGGUAUUCACGUCUUUGUAACUGCACCCAGACUUAUAGAUUUUGUCUCCACUCUUGUGGGGUGUGUUGGGUUGUUACUGACUGAAGGAUGUUUUUCUGAUGUUGGCGUUCAUAAUUAAAGAAAUUAAGAAAAAUAAAAACUACAGGUUUUUAUUGUGAAGCACUUUAAGUAAAUAGCGUGUUUAUUAUUAAUAAUUUAGUUUGGCUUUAGCAGCAGUGCCGGUGAGUUAACACAGCUACAGAAAGCAAUAAAUACGUUUCUUUGCUUAUUUAUUUAUUUUUUUUUUAACUAUACUCUGUAUAUAUUGUUUCUCGUGUCUAGUAGGUUGUGGUGGUUUGUUUGUUCGUUAACGUUAUUUCAGGGAUUCAUUUCCCCCUCUCCAGCGUCACCUUCUUGACCAAAUGCUGCCAUUGUUUUUGUGCAAAAUGAAACUGCCAGCAGUUUAAUGGUAAUUAAAACAAGAUAUAACUGCAUAUUGUAAAUUCAUUAGACCUGUCAUAAAAAUGAGAAAGCAGUUGUUCUAGAAGUCUUUUAAAAACUUGUUCAGAACAGGACCUGGACAGCUUAGUGGGUUACAUCACUGACUGUGGUAGGGGAGAUUGAUGGUUAAAAUCCCAGUCAGUGCGUGGUCAGUAUCCAGCUUGGGCACAUGGGCAAGGUCCUUAACUCCUUGAACACCUGUCAGAUGUAUGUCGCUACAUCCUAAUUGACAUUGUAACAUUGUAAAAAUGUAAUUCUUUACGUUUUCAGAUAUUUUUGUAAAUCUAAAACUGACAAA